AUGGAGCCCACGGAAAGGACUCCGUUGGCGUCGGCUGCUCCCGAUUCGUUUGACAUCGAGCUGGAUGAUCUGAAAAAGUUGAUGGCUAACCGAAAAGAAGAUGUCUCGAAGUAUUUACAAGAAAAAUUCGGAGGGUUAUCAGGGCUUUGCAAGCGCCUGAAGACAUCCCCUACCAACGGAGAUAUCCCACUUAUUGUUGGUGAAUGA